CAGUUUUUUCAGUCCUUUUCUGUUCAGUUCUUAACCACUUGUAGUUGCCUAUUUGGUAAUGUUUAAGUUCCCAUGACCGAUCUGGCAGUGCGGUUAAAUUUAUGGGUUCUUUUAGAGCCAUGGAUUAGAUUAAUGUACUUUGUCCACAAACUCUUAACACCGACAAACUAUCCUUCAGGAGGCGCUAGGCAAGGAGGUGAGUAAUACCUAUUACCUCGUGCUCCAUCCAAAUCCCAAAAGUGUAACUCCUCUACAGCUAGCACCAACACAUGAUUGUUUUGUGCAAUGUUUAGGUGUGUUAAAUGAUUAUGAGCAAUAGUCUGAUUUGAUGGUUGAGUUAUUUUUAGAUAUUAAGAUAGUUUACCUUUUAACGUUAUCAACACAUUGAUAUGCUACAUGAUCUCUGUCCGUGCAAUCUUUUGAUAUGUUACAGAAUGCACUAUUCCUAAUUGCUUAGUUGAAGCAUCCUGCAGAUCAAGGUAGAGGAUAUGGAUGCGUAUGCCCCUAAAGAUCUUUUGGUUGUCACUACAGGUUCACAAGGAGAGCCACGUGCAGCUCUGAAUCUUGCAUCUUAUGGGGGAAGUCACGCUCUUAAACUAUCAAAAGAGGAUGUCCUUCUUUAUUCAGCUAAGGUUAUUCCUGGAAAUGAGACACGGGUAAUGAAGAUGAUGAAUCGUCUCACUGAUCUUGGCCCAAAAAUUAUCAUGGGUAAAGAUUUUGGCCUGCAUACCUCUGGGCAUGCCUACCGAGAGGAGCUGGAGGAAGUUCUUCGGAUUGUUAAACCACAACAUUUCUUGCAUGUUCAUGGAGAACUCCUAUUUCUCAAAGAACAUGAAUCACUUGGAAGAUCAACUGGCAUACGGCACACAACUGUAAUAAAAAAUGGAGAAAUGCUUGGUGUAUCGCAUCUAAGAAAUAGAAGAGUUUUGUCCAGUGGGUUUGUUUCAUUAGGGAAGGAGGAUCUUCAGGUAGUUUCUUGUGCAGUUUUGGAGUAUUUUCUAGGUUUAUCUUCAGCAAAAAUUUCUCCUCACAUCAUGGAGAUCUUCCGACCUCAGAAGGAACAUGGUUUAGCGCAGACUGGUUUGAAAGGAAAAUUUAAGAUUACUACAAGAUGUCUAUGGCUUGAUAAUGGAAGAUUGUUGGACGCACUCUACAAAGCAGCUCAUGCUGCAUUGUCAAGUUGUCCUGUGAAUUGUCCACUUAGUCACAUGGAGAGGAUGGUAGCUGAAAUCUUGAGGAAAAUGGUACGGAAGUAUAGUGAGAAGAGGCCUGAUGUCAUUGUGGUUGCUAUGGAAACACCACAGCAAGUUUCUCAGAACACCUCGAUGCUAAAUCAUCUGGAAAUUUUGAACCUUCCUCAGCUACUAGCCAUCUGA